GGUAGGGAUAUUCCCUUAUUUUUUGCGAAAUAGCUUGACCUUGUGCUCGUUCUAAAGUGUUGUAAUUUUGCAGGCAUAUCGUUUGAUCCUCGAGCCCUCCGGAAUUUUGUCAGCACGAGGGCUGGUGCCCAUCCACAGGGGCAGCCCCCGACGGAGAAGAAGGGCAAGAAAAGGUCUCAAGGCACCCCUGAGCGAAGUGUGAGGAGGCCUGGCGAAACAUCUCGAGCUCAACCUCAAGUCUCGACCCCUUUGCAGCCGAGCCAAAGAUCUCCAACUCCUCGGGUCGUUACUCCUCAGCCUCCUUCUGAGGUGGUCGACCUUGAGGAUGAUCCGUGUCUGACCGGGGACUUUGAUCGUUGCAACCUCACUCCUGAUCUUGUGAACAAGUACAAGGAGGAGGUCAAGCUCAAGGAUGGAGUGAAGGUCCUCGAGCGUCUUACUGUGAAGAUGUUGAGUGUAGCUCGAGGGCUUUCUCUUCAAGGCAUCGAGGAGGCCAAGAGAGCGGUUGGGGUGGAGACCUCCAUGGCCUCCAAGGACAGGAGGAUUCUUGACCUCGAGGCUCAGGUCGAGGUUCUAUUGAAGGAGCGUGAUGACGCGAAAAUAGAGGCUGCUAAGGCCAGGGAUGACCUUGAUGUGGCAAAGGAUGAGGUUGAGGGUGUGAGGCUCGAGCUUGUCCAGAAGACAAAGGAUUUUGAGCGCGAGCUCGCGGAUGUAAAGGAGAAGGCCUGGGAGGAGUUUAAAACCUCCGAGGAUUGUGAUAAGAUCAAGGGCGAGUACGCGUUGGGGGCGUACUUCCAUGCUCUAAAGGAGGCCCGGGCCUUCAUCCGUUUGAAGUUACCCGACGUCGCUUCGGAUGACCUGAAGACCGUGCCUUCCAUUGCUGAUACCUUGGAGCUCUUGGGUGCAGAAGAUGGAGGAGGAUCAGGUGGAGAUGACGAUGAGGAGGUCCUUGAGGACGAUGUACAGAUCGACAUCCACAACCUCGACCCUCCCCUUGGCCAUAUUGGAUAGCCCCCAC